GAAAUUUUCGCAAGUCAGUCAUCGAAAGGAUGCGGAAUCGAUUCGCAGAACGAUCCUUGAUUUUAUUCGCUUGUCUAGUGAUUUCAGCAGAUUUGUACUGGAACUGGAUUAGCUCAUUCUUCCACCAAGAUAAACAAAUCUGCAGUGUCAAAAUUUCCUUGAAAUUUACCGGAAAUGAAAUGCUGACCCGUGUCGCUAAUGAGUCAGAAGUGAAACACGAACAAGAAAAACCUCUUCCCGGGAACCACGUCAUUUUAGGCGGAUUCCUGUAUCCAGCGACAUCUGUGCAAAUGAAAACGGGACAAAUAUUCUUCAUCGACUUCACUGACUCGUCUCCAGCAGCAGCAGCAGCUGAAACCCCACUCGCCAAAAGAAAACUUUGCGCCAUUGAAUCCGCAGCCAGAUUGCAUCCCAAAAACAUCAUUUACCUGGUCACCAACUCUGUCAAAAUUAAACUCAGCAAGGCCCUCAGAAUCCUCAUACGAACAUACUCAAAUGUCCGCUUCAUCAUCUUCGACUCGGAUCCGUUUUCCGCAUUCGGAAUUGACCCGGAGUCGGAUUCGAAAAAUUUGCACGCUGCGGAAUUGGCGCGAUACUCGUUGCUGCUGUCGCAUGGCGGCAUUUACCUGGACCUGGAUCAAAUCGUGGUCAAGCCAAUUAUCGGGAAAUUCAUCAGGAACACACUCGGCAGACAAUUUGACGAUGAGGGAAAUAUUUUGUUGUCUGGACACGUGAUGGCUUUUCCUCCUGGACACGAUUUUCUGGAGCAGGUCAUGCUUCAGGCACCAUCAAGCUACUCUUCAACUGACAACAGUUCUCUUGGAUCAUCUCUUUUGAACAAGAUUUACAACUCUGAGAACUUCAACAAGACGUCCAUUGAAAUCCCAGCAGAGCUCACCUUUGACUACCUGAACAAGACCAAUGUUCGGAAUGCUUUCAGCGAAGAUGACGGGAUUAAAAUGAAGGCCAAAACUGAGAAAGGA